AGACGACUUGGCCAGUCUCGCAGCUCAAAUCGGCGUCGAAGCCAACGGUCUGUUACGGACGGUUGAGACGUGGAACCAGGCGUGCAACGACGGAGUCGAUGGGCUAUUCGGCAAAGGCCGCAGCAAGUACCACCUCUUCGUUGGGGACAGAAACGCAAAGCGACCAAACAUGGGAAACCUUGAUGAACCCCCAUAUUAUGCCGUGAAGGUGACUCCGGGAGACGCGGGCACCAAAGGCGGCCUGCUGACGGACGGGCAUGGGCGCGUGGUAGAUACACGUGGCAACGUCAUUGGCGGCCUAUACGCGGCCGGCAACUCAUCGGCGUCGGUCAUGGGUUGCGCAAGGCCAUGGGCGAGCGAGGCUUUCCCUUAA